GAACGAUUUUCUGCCCAAUUUUGUGAGAGUGAAGCGGCUGAGGGAGGCGCCAUGUUACUCUGGUGACGUCACGCAGAACGAGGACUUCUCGCGAGAUCUGGCGAGAACCAAGAUGGCGGCGCCCAUGCGAUGGCGAAGCGCUGAAAUAAGUCCAUAAUCUGUGAUGUCCUCAGUAUGAAGCGGGAGGGGGGCAGUGUGCCCUGGACAUCACCACAGCAGUGUAAACGGUCCAGACUCUGUGUCAGCACAGUCGGCUCGCAGGACAGCCGUCUUCGUCUGGUCUUACACUUCAGGGGGACGUCCUUGCCCCUGACAACAUUACAAACUGUGGAAAGUACACCAGGGAGCUUGAAAAAGACCUCAUUGGCUAGACCGGAAGUAGGACAUAGAAAGAAGUCCUGCCUUGACAGAAAGGUCAAUGGAAAGAUCUUCAAAACGCCAAAAGUGGACAGUAAAGGCAAAAGUGAUGCCAAGAAGAAAGAAACACAGCAGAAAUCUUCGUCUCCAACAACAUCAGAAACUGUGGAGACUGCACCAGGGAGCUUGGAGAAGAUCUCCUUGGCUAGACCAGAAGUAGAACAUGGAAAGAAGUCCUGCCUUGACAAAACGAUCAAUGGAAAGAUCUUCAAAACACCACAAGUGGAGAAUAGAAGCAAAAGUGAUGCCAAGAAGAAACCAACACAGCAGAAAUAUUUGUCUCUAACAACAUCACAAACUGUGGAAAAUACACCAGGGAGCUUGAAAAAGACCUCCUUAGCUACACCGGAAGUAGAACAUGGAAAGAAGUCCUUCCCUGACAACCAGAUCAAUGGAAAGAUUUGCAAAACACCAAAAGUGCAGAAUAGAGACAACGGUGAUGCCAAGAAGAGAUCAACACAGCAGAAAUCUUUGUUGCUGACACUGUCAAAACAUGCGGAUACUGGAGAUACAGAGCGCACUUACUUAGGCAGAAACUCAACACACUGUAGUCAAACUAAAAACAUUGAGGCAACUUGCAGAGAGACUUCAAGACAAGACCACAGAAACAGUGAAAUUGCAAGAAGCAGAGUCCAACCAAACCUGGUGUAA